CCAACUCUUUUUAUUGUUUUAACAAAACAAUAAAAUAGAUGCGAAAAAAAGGCGGAAACCGAAACGGAGCGCCCCCCGAACUUCCGCUCGCCGCAGAACAGCAUCCUUUUUAGGCUAGCUGGAUCUUGAUCGAUCGAAACAACUUUUGACUUUCCGUUGAGGACUCACGGGAACUUUCUGGUCCCUGAUCCAAAAAUGGCUGCCAAUUUCUGGACAUCCUCUCACUACAAACAGCUUUUGGAUCAGGAAGAUGUGGAUGUGCUGCACCCACUCGACAAAGACAAAGGCAUCACUCUUGAGGAUUUCAAGCUUAUUAAGAUGCACAUGGCCAAUUAUAUAUGGAAAUUGGCUCAAUAUGUUAAAGUGAGGCAAAGGGUGGUAGCUACUGCAGUAGCAUAUAUGAGACGCGUUUACACCAGAAAGAGUAUGACAGAAUAUGAUCCACGCCUUGUUGCUCCAACCUGCUUGUACCUGGCGUCUAAAGCAGAAGAAAGCACAGUGCAGGCCAGGCUUCUUGUGUUUUACCACAAGAAAUUAUGUGCUGAUGAAAAGUAUAGGUAUGAUAGGUAUGAGAUCAAGGACAUCCUUGAAAUGGAAAUGAAGAUUUUAGAAGCACUCAAUUAUUAUUUAGUUGUAUUCCAUCCUUACCGAGCAUUGUCUCAGUUGCUUCAGGAUGCAGGUCUGAAUGAUAUAAAUAUGACCCAAUUAACUUGCAGGGGACUCGUGAAUGACACCUACAAGAUGGACCUUAUUCUUGUACAUCCUCCGCAUCUGAUUGCUUUAGCAUGCAUUUAUAUUGCUAGUGUACUCAGGGAAAAGGAUACCACUGCAUGGUUUGAAGAGCUUCGUGUUGAUAUGAAUGCGGUAAAAAAUAUUUCCAUGGAGAUAUUAGACUUCUAUGAGAACCACAGAAUGAUCACGGACGACAGAGUCAUUGCUGCUCUCAGCAAGCUAAAUUUGAAGGCAUAAACGGUUUGUAACUCUGCCUCCUGCGGGAAAAUAAUGCUAUUUCUCUUGCUAUGACCAAGAUAGAGUUUCUGGUCUAUCCCAAACGAAGUAGAUGAUUGUAUUGUUUAUUGUAUCGGAAACCUAUCAACGUGCUCUUUAGCCAAGCAAAGGGUGAGAGAAGAGGUUGUAUUACAAUAUGUAGGAGACAUAUCCUGUGAGAUCAGAUAAUUGUGUUUCUAAGAGAUGAUUAAUGUAACGAAGUUCACUUUAAAAAGCUAGUUGAUCAAUCAGUCUCUAUGCAAAUAUGUACCGAUUUUAUGUAAA